GUGCUGGGCCUGCUGCGCAAGUAUCUGGGCGAGUAUGUCCGCAACAUCCCAGACGAGGCCCUCAAGAUCAGCGUCUGGCAAGGCGACGUGGUGCUGCGGGACCUGCAGCUGAAGGAGGAGGCGCUCAACCGCCUGCGCCUGCCCAUCGCCGUCAAGGCCGGCUUCAUCGGAUCCGUCAACCUCAAGGUGCCAUGGAGUCGCCUGGGAGUGGAGCCGGUGGUGCUGCUGCUGGACCGAGUCUUCAUCCUCGCCCACCCCUCCUCCGCCCCCGCCUCCGCCUCUCAUCAGUCAGCGGAGGAGGAGGAGCAGCAGCGCCUGGAAGCAAAGAGGCGCAGAAUAGAGGAGGCGGAGGUGGCAAUGCUGGAAGCAAGGGAGCGACAGAAGGCAGGAGGCGACGGGCAGGCGGGCAGUGGGGCAUCAUGGAUAUCAUCACUGAUCGCCACCAUAGUGGGCAACAUCAAGAUCUCAUUCACCAACGUGCACAUCCGAUACGAGGACCCCGGCAGCCUGUCGGGCCGCCCGUUCUGCACGGGGGUGACACUGGCGCGGCUGGCAGCGGUGACCACGGAUGAGAACUGGGUGGAGACAUUCGUCACCAGCGGGGCGCUUGACAGCCUUUACAAGGCGGUGCAUUUGGAGCGGCUGGCAGUGUAUCACGACAGCAACAGCGGGCCGUGGGACCCACACACCGCGUGGGAUGCCAUGCAAGGCGCGCAGUGGAGCGAGGUAUUCGAGGCGGGCAUUCAUGAGGAGGCGCCACCCAGUGCAGGUGCUACUGACUGGGCGGCGAAUCGGCAGUUUCUGCUGCACCCGGUGGACGGCAGGAUGCGGUACGAGCGGCGCAGCAAGAAGGAGAGGCGGCGUGACGACGUGCCCUUCCAGACGGCCGCCCUGCAGCUGGGGCAGGUGGCGCUCACUCUCUCACAGACGCAGUAUUCGGACGGGAUGCGGUUCAUGGAGGCGGCAGCGCUGUACCGUCGCCGUGUGGACGUGGCUCACCUGCGCCCGCGCCUGCCCGUGCGCUCCCACGCCGCCCUCUGGUGGCGCUUUGCUGCGCGCGCCCUGCUGCAACAACACCACGCCCUCAGGCCCACGAUGACAUGGAAGGGCAUCAAGGACAGCUGCACCAUGAGGCGCCGCUACGUGGCGGCAUACGCACAGGCGCUGCUGGACGCGUGGGCGUCGGGCGCUCCUGUGAAGCCGGGCGCGGUGGCGGACAGUGCUGAGAUGCGCUCCAUCGAGGCGCUCGUCAGCGUGGAGGUCGCCCUGCUCUGGCGCAUGCUGGCGCACUCGCAGGCGGAGCGCAGCCGCCCCAAGGCACAGCGGCAGGCAGUGCAGCCCAAGGCCAAGGGGUGGUUCGCGUCCUGGCGAGGGGCGUCCGUAGCGGAGGCAGGGGGUGGCGAGGGGGUGGAGGAGGAGGGGGGGGCGGGGGGGUUGAGUGCGGAGGAGUGGGAGAAGAUAGAGGAGCUGGUGCGAGCGGGGGAGGAGGCGCAGUACGAGCCGGGGCAGGCGGCGGCGGGGGCGGUGCAGAUGGCGGUGCAGGUGGGCAUGGAGUGCUUCCGCGCGCGCCUGGUGGACGGGGGGGCGGGCGUGGACGUGGUGUGUGGGUCGUGCCACCACCUGCACGUGGCGCUGCGCCUCUACCCCCUCAUGCUCAAGGCCGAUGUCAGCCUGCGCCUCUACGACCUCUCCGUGCCUGAAGGCACUCUCAUUGAGAGUGUGAGCAGGGAGGGCAAGGAGGCAGCGCUGACAGCAUCAUUCGUGCAGCACCCCAUCGAUGAACACCUCGACUGGAUGCUCAUCGCCGCCCUCUCGCCCUGCCACGUCACGCUGUGGCGGCGCAGCAUAGACCGAGUGCUGCACUUCCUGCGGGCGGGUCAGCAGGCCACGCCUGCCGUCGCACUCGAGACCGCCGCCGCCCUACAGAGCAAGCUAGAGGACGUGCGGCGGCAGGCCCAGCAGCAGCUGCAGCAGGUGCUUCAGCGACGCACCAGGUUCUCCAUAGACCUGGACGUGGACGCACCCAAGGUGGCCAUCCCCGCUGACCCCUCACCCCAUGGGGAGCCGCCCACCCAGCUGCUGCUGGACUUCGGCCACUUCACACUCAAGACCGACCAGUGGCUGGCCAUUGCUCAUGCUUUGCCAUCUCAUCUCACCGUUGCCACGGCCCUGUCACCACCUCACCGCUCCCCCACCCGUCCCCUUACCCCGCGCCUGCAGGAUGACCCAUCAGCGGAGGGCAGCGAGGCGGCGGCGGCAGCAGCACUGUACACGCGGUUCAAGAUCACGGCCACUGACAUCUCCAUGUCCGUCGCUGAUGGUGCCUUUGACUGGCGCCGCUACCAGCAACAGCAGCACGGUGGCAUGGAUGGGGAGGAGGGUGCAGGGGAGGGCGGAUCAGGGGGGCUGCGCCUGGACUUGCUGCAGAAGUGUGGCCUCUCUGCUGUGCUGCACCAGGUGGGCUCUCUGCUGUGCUGCACCAGCUACCCCACCACACGCAUCGCCGUGUGGCUGCCAUGCCUCGCCUUCCACUACUCGCCCGCCCGCUACCGCCGCCUCAUGCGCGCCCUCCGAGCGCUCUCCCCCGCGCCGCCUCCUGCUGCUGAAGCCGAGGAUGCAGAGGGCGGGAUGGCGGGUGAGGGUGAUGGGGCGGUGGCGGUGCGGCGAUGGCAGCAGGCGGACCAGGCGGGGGAUGUGUGCCUGCUGCAGUGGACGCGCAUAGGCAGUGCAGCGGAGUGGGUGCCGUACUGGGCGGCACUGGUGGGGCCCACACUGUACCUGCUUGACCAUCCCGAGGCCACCAAGCCACACAAGCAAAUCAAUCUGAGCAGCGCCAUGGGGGUGCUGGACGUGCCCCCGCAGCACAUAGCGGGCUACCACCACGUCAUUGCCCUCGCCGCCAGGGGGGCUCAACCUGCCAAGGUGGUGCUGUCAGGGCAGGCGGUGGUGCUGCGACUCAAGUCGGAGGCCAUCAAGGCGCACUGGGCUGCACGCCUCACAACCGCACUCUACCACGCCUCUGCGCCUGCCUCCAUGGACCUCCUCACCAACGAUGCCUUCUCCACCGAAGCACCUGAUGGAGCACCUGAAGAAGCACCUGGUCAGAUGCCGCCCGCCUCACCUGAGCGACAUCUGGCCUCAAGAGAGCCUUUGUCGCCGUCUGUGCGUGCGGCGCCCGUGGUGGUGGAGGGGGAGGGCAUGGCGGCGGGAGCAGCAGCGGGGGCGCAGGAGAAGCCGUUUCUGUACAUCAUGGGCGCCCUGGACGACCUGCGCCUCGCCAUCAGCUCCGUGCGGCGCGGGGCGGCAUCGUGGGACGAGGAGGAGAGGAUCAUAGAAAUCCGGGCGGCGGGGGGCAAGGUGGAGGUGCAGCAGCGUUCAGCGGACGUGGCGGUGGGGGUGGGUGUGCGAGAGGUGGAGGUGGAGGACUUCUUCCAGGGCGCUGGCCCGCUGGCUGCCACCUGCCGCCUCAUGGCGCGCUCCCUGCUCGCCCCCCAUGGCGCUCCUACUGCUGCUGCUGCUGCUGCUGCUGCUGCAGCUCCGCGCAAAAGAGGGGAACGGGAGGGCGGGGAGGAGCAGCAGAAGGAGCUGGAUGCGGGGGAGGUUGUGCGUGGCGAUGGUGGGAGCAGUGGUGGUGAGAGUGGCAGGCACACGCGUGCAGUUGUGGCGCCUGGGGCUGAGCAGGUGGCACCAGACGUGAGCACAAUGGAGACAACAGAGGGCCCUGAGACAGGGGAUGAGGGCACGAAAGAGGAGGAAGGCAAGGAGAGCAAGGGGGGCGGGGAUGAGGAAGAGGAAGAGGAUGACGAUGGAUUUGCAGACGCAGAGGCGGAGUUCCUGCUGUCACCCACAUCAUCAGGGGCGUCCACACCACGCCACGGUGCAGCAGCAUUCGAGGGCGAGGCGGCGGGGGGCUACGGCGGAGCGGCGGAGUUCUUUGAUGCGCGCGACUUCGCUCUGGACGACGGCGACGCCGCCAACGUGCCCAGCUUUGGGCGUGCUGGGCGGCUGCUGCCGGACAUGGGGUGGCAGCAUGCGGGGGCGAGCAGGCGGCGCAAGAGGCAGGGGGAAGGCGAGGAGGAAGAAGGGGGGGCAGGCGGGGAGGAGGAGGAGGGGGAUUUUGUGGUGGUGCAGAUCGGCAUGUACCAGCCGUCAUCGCCCAGCUACACUGGCGUUGACACUCAGGUGCGCUGCUGGGAUGCUAAUUGUCGUUGCCUUGUCCACACGCUUUUCCCCUCGCCACUCCUCUCGUCCAUGCUCUCCCACCCACCCACCUCUGUACCACUGCUCUGCUUCCCUAUGUGCUGCUGUGCGUGUGCUGCCGUGUAUGUAUAUGCGCGAGUGCAGGUGGCGGUGGAGAUGGCAACGCUAGAGUUUUUCUGCAACCGUCUCUCCAUCGUAGCUCUCAUGGAACUCUCCACCUACCUCUCGCCACCGCCUCUCCCCUCCUCGCCUGCUGCCGCCACCGCCACACAGCCGUCUCACACAACAGGCGCAGCUCCUAUGCCUCCCACUGCUGACCUCCCGGCCCCUGCUCUCCUGCCUGCUGCUCCUGCUGCUGAUAUUGGCAGUCCUGGGAUGGGAGGCAGCAGCAGCAGGGGGGGGGAUGAAGGGCGGAAGGGAGAGGGUGUGGAGGAGAAGGGGGAGCGGGAGGGGCAGAUGGGGCGGGAGGCGGUGAAGGGGCUGUUGGGGCGGGGCAAGGCGAGGGUGGUGUUUGGGUUGCACAUGGCCAUGCAGCACGCUCGCAUCUUCCUUCACCUCGAAGAUGGCAGGCAACUCGCCAUGCUGGAGCAGGAGAGGCUGAGCGUGCAGGUCAAGGUAUUCCCUGCAUCGACACGUGUCAACGCCUCAUUGGGCAAUCUGCGGCUGUGCAACCUGCAGCUGCCACCAUCCCACCCCUGGCGCUGGUUCUGUGACCUGCGGGACAAGCAGAGCGCCUCACUGGUUGAGAUAGAGUACAAUUCGUACAACCCCGACGAUGACGACUACGAGGGCUUUGAGUACAGCAUUGAUGGCAAGCUCUCUGCCGUGCGCCUCAUCUUCCUCUACCGCUUCGUGCAAGAGUUCAUGGCGUACUUCUGGGGGCUGGCAGCGCCGGGGGUGAGGCAGGAGAUGGUGGUGCGAGUGGUGGACGCGGUGGGCGGCAUCGAGCGGCGCAUCCAGCAGUGGGAGGUGGCCGGCAGCAGCGGCAUCCGCUACAAUGUCUCCCUUGAUGCGCCCAUCCUCAUCCUGCCUCGCACCACCGACAGCCAAGAGUUCAUGCAGCUGGGGCUGGGGCACAUGGGCAUCAGGAGCAGCGUGGAGUGGCGCGGUGGCAAGUCCAUUGAGGAUGCUGGUGCUGUGCGCUGCGAUGUGAUUACAGUGGAGAGUCGUGACGUGAGUCUGCUGGUGGGAGCGGAGGGCGUGGCGGGGGCGGCCAUGAUAGAGCGCAUGGCGGGGCUGACACUCACCAUCCAGCGCCAACUCAGAGACCUCUUCAAGAAGCUGCCCACCUACCAGUUCCACAUCCACAUGGGAGAGCUGAGGGUGGUGAUGAGUCACCGCGAGUACCUCAUCAUCUGCGACUGCCUCUUUGCCAACCUCGCCGAACCCCCUCAGCCCCCACCCUACUUCCGCCUCCCCCCUCCUUCCGCUUCCUCCGCCUCCUCAUCCGCCCAGCCCGCCGCCCCCCCCUCCUCGACCCGUGUCACAAGCCCCGCCUCUCCCUCGUCCCCUCGCUCGCCCACGCCCCCAUCCUCGCCGCCCCCUGCUGCGGCCGUGCCUGGGGGGCAGGCGCAGGGGGCACAAGGGGAAGGCGGGCAGGGGAGGGGGGGCGAGGUGGCGAAGCAAGGAGGGGCGGGGGCGGCGUUCACGUACUUCAGAGUGCUGGUGGACGUGCAGCACGUGCAGAUGGAGCUCUUCACCGGCCACACCCGCGACUCCUCCCUCGCCCUGCUGCAGGUCAGCCACUCCCUCGCCCUGCUGCAGGUCAGCCACUCCCUCGCCCUGCUGCAGAUCGAGGGCCUAUGGGUGGAGUACCGCACAACCAGUGCGCGGGAGAUGGAGGUGAUGCUCUCGCUGCCCACCAUGGCCAUCAUCGACCGCCGCGCCGCCACGCGCCAGGAGCUGCGCCUCAUGAUGGGCUCCGCCCUGCAUGCCCACACCCACACUCCGCCCGCCCCCUCGGGGCACGGUGCAGUGCCGGCAGGGGCCAAGGCAGGGGGGGCGGCAGAUGAGGGCGGAGGGGGCGAGAGGGGGGGAGGGUCACCGCCGGUGGCGCUGAGCAUGGUGGUGCUGAACUACUCCUCUCGCCCCGCUGCACGCGCCGUGGUGCUGCGCUUCCAGCGCCCCCGCGUGCUCGUGGCUCUCGACUUCCUCCUCGCUGUCACCCACUUCUUCUUCCCCUCCCUCGCCGCCUCCUCUGGCAACGACACUGACAGGGACGAGCGAGAUGACCCCGCCAGCCUGGCUCACGCUGUGGUGCUGACAAGUGGCACGACGCGACAGGCGGAGGCGGUGGUGGCGGUGUCGCCGCAGCGGCAGCUGAUAGCGGAGGCGGCAGGGGUGGAUGAGUACGAGUACGAUGGGUGCGGGGGGGUGCUGCGCCUCCUGCCCUCUGACUCCCAGGGGGGCACAGCUGUGCCGGCGGGCAAGGCGCAGGGCGAGGGUGUGGCGGGCGGGCCGGUGAUAGUGGUGGGCAACGGGAAGCACCUGCGCCUCAAGAACAUCACUGUGGAGGUGCGCCCCACUCUCCUUGCCGUCUCUCACUUCCCUUCCUGCCCUGCUCUUAGUGCGUGGGCGUGGGAGCAGAGUGUGUACCUGGGCUGUGACAGCAGCUUCUCCGCCGACCCAGAGGACGGCGUUGUGUGGCGCCACACCCCCCCCGCCGCUGGGCCCCCUGCUGCUGCGGGCGCAGGCAGCAGAGAGGGCAGCGGGGCAGAUGCAGGGGGUGCGGCCGCGGGUGGGGAGGCAGAGGUGCCUCCGGAGCAGACCUCAUUCUCCUUUGACCUUCAGGCGGUGGGGCCAGAGCUGACGUUCUACGACAGCACCAAGUGGCCGGCUGGCAUCCCCUUCCGCCCCGAGAGGAUUCUGCGCGCCUCCUUCGACGUCAGCCUGCUGUACGCAGCGAAGGGGAUGGACACGUGGGUGAAGGGGACGGUGAGGGGGCUGCUGGUGGAGACGGCAGCGGGGCUGGCGGUGGUGGAGCCGGUGGACGCCCACUGCGAGCGCGAGUGCGUGGCCGGCAAGACGUCCCUCGAGCUCGCCUGCACCGACGUGUCGCUGCGCCUGCCCUUCCACUCGCUGCGCCUGCUGCACCGCCUCCACGCUGACGUCGCUGCCGCCCUCAAGCUGGGCGGCGGGCCCGUGGCCGUGCGCUGCCGCCAGUUCGACCGCAUCUGGAACUCCUGCACGAACUCACAGGAGGGAGGGGAAGGAGGGGCGGGCGAGCAGCCCAUCACGCUGUGGCGGCCGUGUGCGCCUGCAGGCUAUGCCAUCCUGGGCGACUGCGCCACAGUGGGGGCGGCACCUCCAGAGCACGCGGUGCUGGCGGUGAGCACGGCCUUCAGACGAGUCAAGCAGCCCCUCGGCUUCUCCCUGCUCUGGUGCUCCCACCCCGCUGCCGCCACUGCCGCUGCGACCACUGCAGACGGGGCAGCGGAGGUGGCAACGGGCGGGGAGGGAGGGGACGACACGCACUGCCGCAUCUGGCUGCCACUGGCACCGCCCGGCUAUGCUGCGCUGGGAUGCGUGGCGGCCGUGGGGCGAGCGCCGCCACACGUGUCCACGGUGCACUGUGUGCGCAGCGACCUGCUCACUCCCUCCUCCCUCAGCGACUGCAUCUUCUACCGCUUUGGUGCCGGGUCGCCUACGAGUGACGCUAGCGACACGGAGCGGGGUGGCGGCAGGGGGGGAGGGGCGAGCAUGUGGGUUGUGGGCAACUCCAUGCGCACCUUCUUCACCUGCCAGGGCACGGCCCCACCACCACCCGCCGUGCUGAGGGACCUGAGGGAGGAUCUGCGUUUCCACCCCGCCACCACCGCACCCGACCCCGAUGAUGCCGACACCCAAGCCUCCUCAGAGUCCGCCUCGCUCACCCGCGUGCCCUCCGCGCGCGGAGAUUCACUUGGCCGCCUGCCCUCCUCACGCUUCCAACCGCCCCUCGCUGCCUCCGCGUCCGCACUGGGUAGUGCGGCAGGGGCAGCAGUGCGGCCGUUUGUGGCGGCUGCAAGCUUUGAGCGCGUGUGGUGGAGCAAGGGCGCGGCGGGCGUGACAAGCCACGUGAGCUUCUGGCGGCCCGCGGCAGUGCCGGGCUAUGCCAUGCUGGGCGACUGUGUGGCGGACGGCUUCGACCCACCUGACGCGGGGCUGUUGCUGCUGGACGACCUGGAAUCAGGCCGCGUGGCGGCGCCUCUCAGCUUCCUGCACAAGCUCACCCUCGCCCAACCCGCCUGGCCCGACGAGGCCUCAGUGUGGUUCCCCUUGGCGCCGCCCGGCUACGUGGCGCUGGGGUGCGUGGUGACGCGCGGCCGUGAGCCCCCUUCUGCAGCGCUGGGCGUGCGCUGUGUGCGAGCUGACCUGCUGGCGCCCAAGGGCUUUGCUGGCCGGCCUGCGUGGACUGUGGGUGUGCCGCCCAAAGGAGAGUCCAUCGCCAGCUUCUGGCCCGUCAUCAACCAGGCGGGCACGUUUCUGGUGCACAGCGAUGCGCGGCGGCCGCCACAGAGGAUGGGGUAUGGGCUGGCGGAGCUGGAGAGGCCGGAGCGACCCGACAACUUCGAUGCCAACCUGCGCACCCCCCGCGUCUCCCUCACCCUCUUCGAUGACGUCUCCGGCGUCAUGGUGCCGUGGGUGGACGUGACGGUGGAGGGCAUACACCUGACACUGCACGGCCGCCCACACGCGCUCAACGCAGUGGUGCUCACAUCAGUGGCGGCCUCGUCCUUCAACUCGCACCUCGCCCUCUGGGAGCCGCUGCUCGAACCCUUCGACUCCAUCUUCAAGUACGAGUGGGAGGGCGAGGGCAGCGAGGAGGCGGGGGCAGCGGGCAGUGUGCAGAUGCGGGUGACGGCAACGAGUGUGGUGAACGUGAACGUGACGGCCACCAGUGUGGACGCCCUCACUGCCGCCACGCAUGGGUGGAGCAAGCUCGUGCAGCACGAGGCUGAUGCCAGGCGCGCCCUGCUGCAGGGAGCAUCACCAGCAGCAGCAGCAGCGGCAGCAGAAGGGGAAGGAGUGGGGGAGGAGGGCGGAGAGGAGGGGGGAGUGGCGGUGGACCGUGAGGACGCCCUGCGAGUGCUCGUGGACAACCGCCUGGGCGCCCCUCUCUAUGCACGCUCCGCCAAGGACGCCUUCGCGCAUCUCUACACGCUGCCGCCCGCCCACACGUCGUCCGUGCCGCUGCCGCCCUUCCAGUUCCCCGACAUGCUGCGCCCCUCCGCCCCUGCCGGUACAGGCGGCAAGCGCCGGCGCAGCACACGGCGCUUCAUGGCUCUGCGCCUCAUUGAGGGGCUGGACCUGCCGGGCAGCGAGUUGAACGGGGAGGACUUCAUCUGCAAGCUGCGCGUGGCGGAGGCGGGCGCACAGCCGCUGGCCAAGGGGCAGCAGCUGCCACAGACUGCCCGGUCGCGCGCCAUUCGCCCCGCAGGGGGACUGGCAUGCCCCCAUGGGCGCGAGGGCAUGGGGUGUGCUAUGCCACUAGGAGAGGUGCAGGGCGGAGCGGGAGAGGGCGGGAGAGCAAAGCUGUGGCGAGUGCAGUGGAACGAGGUGUUUGUAUUCGAAGUGCCGGCCCAGAAGGAGUCACGGCUUGAGGUGGUGGUGAGCAACCAGGCAGCCAAUGCGGGGCGAGGGGCCACGGUGGGCACGGCGGCUGUGCCCAUGACUGCUGCUGCCGCGCCCACCCUCUCCGACUGGGCUGCUGUCACGGACGCCCUCGGCAUUGGCGGCCUCUCCCCCGCCUCCCAAGCCACUCAGCACACCCUGGUGCUGCAGCCGCCCAAGAGGAAGCAGCAGCAGCAACAACAUCAUCAUCAGCAGCAGGCCUCGCCUCGCCUGCGCAUCGCAACCGUCUUCUUCACAGUCGGCCCCAGCGGCCAUCUGCUGGCCCACCAGCAGCAGCAAGAGCAGGCAGUGGCGGAGGCGGGGCAGGAGCAGCCGGACUGUUUGAUCCAGCUGGCGUGCCGCCCGGACGGCGAGUGGUGUUGGGUGCGCUCCAUGGCCGGCAUCAUGACGCUGGCGCUCGCCCUGGAGGGGCGGCCCGUGGCGGCGGAGCUGGGGGUGCGGGGGGGACUCAAGUGCGUCACGCUGCGCUCGCUGGUGCUGCUGCGCAACGCCACGGACGCGCCCGUGGACGUGUGUGUGUGCCCCUUCGUGCUGCUUGACUUUGCAGACGAGGACGCGGAGGAGGAGGUGGAGGAGGAGAGGUACGAGAACCAGCGCUACCAGCCCAUGCUGGGGUGGGGCUCGCUGUGGCCCGGCCACUUCAUGCCCGGCGACCCGGCGCGCUUCUCAGCGCUGGACCUCUCCCACGCGUGCCAGGACCUGCCAGAGGCGUGUCCGCGUGGGUGGGCGUGGGUGGGCGCGUGGCACCGCGACCCGGCAGCACCCGGCGAUGUGGAGGGGUGGCUGUAUGCGCCGGACUUCCGCUCGCUGGCGUCGCCCGACGCACUGGCGAAUGUGGCGCACAGCAAGGGCCCCUUCGACUUUGUGCGCCGCCGCCGCUUCACGCGCACAAGGCGCCGCCUGCCACGCCCGUCGGGUGCGCCCAAGGAGCACGUGCGCACGACACUGGGGACACUGGCUCCUGGGGACUCCCUGUCGCUUCCCUGGGGCUGCCUCUCCCCUGGCUCCGACUGGUGCCUGCAGGUUCGGCCAAAGGCUGCUGCAGGCUCGGCAGGCAGCAGCAAAGGAAGUGAGAAGUACGGGUGGAGCCGGCUGGUGCCUGGGGCGCCGGGCAACGGCGGAGAGGGCAGCGCAGGGGUGGGCAGCAGGGCGGAGGCGGCGCGGCGGCAGCAGCUGGCGACGGCGUUUGUGCUGCCGGACCUGAUGCGGGCGGCGUCGUGGGAGAAGGGCGGCAAGCGCGAGGAGCUGCUGCAGUGCCGCGGCACGCGUGGGUGCUGGUGGUUCUGCCUGGAGGCCGAUGGGGUGAAGCUGCAGGGGGGGGAGGGCGUGGGGGCGGCGGGGGUGGUGGACUGGCGGGUGACGCUGCGGGCGCCAGUGCAGCUGGAGAACCGGCUUCCGUGCAGCGCAGAGUACUUUGUGUGGGAGAAGCCCAGCAGCAGCGCGGCCCAGGGGGUGGGCAGCAUGGUGGGCAUGGGGGGUGCGUCACGGUCGGUGGCACGGCAGCACGGAGUGGUGGGGCCAGGCGAGGCGGUGUAUGCAUACAGCAUUGACAUCCGCUGCCCUGUGCUGCUCUCCUGGCUGCCUCAGGGCGGCUGGAAGCAGGAGAAGGACGCGGUGCUGCUGUGGGACCCGCUCACCCACGAGGUGCCGGGGGGCUUCUGGAUGACCAACGUGCAGAACAAGCGGCGGCUGCACGUGAAUCUGGAGGUGAGUGGCGGGGCAUCAGAGGCAUCAGCGAGGGUGGUGCGGGUGUUUGUGCCCUUCUGGCUCGCCAACCACUCCUCCAUGCCCCUCGCCUGCCGCAUUGUCGAGAUCGAACCCCCCCCGGGCGCCACAGCAGCAGCGGCGGCAGCAGCGGAGUCGCUGUGGCAGAUGCCCACGCGCUCCCUCUCCUCGCGCGCGCUCAGCCUCACCGCCUCCGCCAGCACGCGCGAGGCCGUGGCAGCGGCGGUGGCGCCGGCGGUGGCGGCGGUGGGGGCGAGCAAGGUGGUGCGAAGCCUGGAGGACAUCGAGGAGGCGCCGCAGCAGCAGGCGGUGAUGCUGUCGCUGCCCUCCGUGGCCAACGUGGGGCUGGCCGUGGCGCUCUCCAAGGGGGGCGUCUUCAGCUCCGCCAUCCCCCUCACCGCCUUCCAGGACAAGAUGGAGCGGGCGGACCUCAAGGCGGUGGACGCAGCAGGCAGUUAUCUGCGCCUCUCACUGUCCCUCGACAUGUCCUCGCUGCGCUACGAAGGCACCAAGGUGAUUCGCCUGCAGCCGCACACGGUGUUCUCCAACCACACGGGGCGGCCGCUGCACAUCAGGCAGGCGGGCGGCAACAUCGUCCGACACCUGGCACCUGCUGAUUCGAUGAAGCCCAUUGUGUGGGAGUCCAUCUGGCUGGCUGAACACUUGCAGGUGCGCAUCGACGGCUGUGAUUGGAGCCGCUCAUUCUCAAUCGACGGCGACGGCAGUGUCUUCGUUGUUAUGCGCCACGCCGUGCAACCCAGCCGCCCACCCUCCAUAGGGCGGGCGGCAUGGGACGGCAGUGGGCGGCGGGGGCGGGAGCUGCUGCUGGCGGAUGUGGUGGAUGGCGCCAGUGCAUGCCGCUACCACGUCGUCUUCACACUCGCUCCCCCCUAUGGGCCCUACAAGAUAGAGAACCGCUCGCAGCUGUUCCCGGUGCGGUACCGGCAGGCGGGGGCAGGGGACGACGCGUGGGAGGCGCUGCAGGUGGGGGCGGCCAAGUCGUUUGCAUGGGAGGAGGGCCGCGGGCUGCGCCUGCUGGAGCUCAUGGUGGACGGCGCAUACUCCUCCACGGCACGCCGCGUCGCCAUUGACGACCCUGCCGUGCUCGAGCCCGCCACCAACGCAUCUGGCCGCCCCGUCGCGCCGCUGCUCGUCACCAUCGCCAGGGAGCCAGCGCCGUCGGGCGGGGGGUGCGUGAUGCGCGUGUGCCUGCACGACUGGCGCCCCUCCGAUCCCUCCCUCGUGCACCUCGCGCUCUCCCUCACGCCCUCCUCCCUCCUCACUGCCCCUCCCCCCGCCCUCACGGUGGGGAGCGAGGGGGCCAGCGCGGUGGCGACAGCGGAGGGGGCGGGGGGCGGAGGGGAGCGGCGGGUGGUGGUGGUGGUGGAGGUGGAGGAGUGCGGCGUGUCGGUGGUGGACGCCACCCCCGAGGAGCUGCUCUACAUCUCCAUGACCGGCGCCCUCCUCUCCCUCGACUCCACCUCUCCCACCUCUGCCCGCCCAGGCACCUCGGGGGGAAGUGGUGUGAGCCGGGUGAAGCUGCAGGUGGGGCAUCUGCAGAUCGACAACCAGCUGGCUGUGACGGCCAUGCCCGUGUUGCUGGCACCUGAGGAUCCACCUGGGGUGGUGCAGCCGUACGUGCUGAAGCUGACUGUGGCAAUGCGCCCGGCACGGGACGAGGAUGAGCAGUCCUUCCCCUACAUCGGCUUGCAGCUACCGAGUGCGGCAUGGCUGGUGAACAUCCACGAGCCAAUCAUCUGGCGUCUCGCCGACAUGGUCAAGCGCCUCUCCGCCCACCGCCUUGACGCCCCCGCGCUCCCCACCUCCGUCUCCCUUGAUCCGCGCGUGCACGUUGGGCUGCUGAACAUAUCGGAGGGGCGGCUGAAGCUGACGAUGGCCAUGUCACCGCUGCACCGCCCGCGCUACAUGAUGGGCUUCUGGACCUCCGUGCUCACCUCCAUGGGCAACACCGAUGAGAUGCCGAUCCGCCUGUCCCCGCGGGUGCGGGAGGGGGUGGUGUUGCGGCGCAGCCAGGUGUGGGCGGAGGCGGGGCGCAGUGUGAGCAACGACCUGCUGGCGCAGCCGUUCCGCCUGCUGUCGGGGCUGGACGUGCUGGGCAACGCCAGCAGCGUGGUGGGGCAGGUGAGCAAGGCGGUGGCGGGCAUGAGCAUGGACCGCGCCUUCAUCCGCGCGCGCCACAAGCACGACGCCAAGGCCGCCGUGGGGUCGCUGGGCGACGGGCUGCGCGAGGGCGGGGAGGCGCUGGCCAAGGGGCUGUUCCGCGGGGUGACGGGCAUCCUCACCAAGCCCAUGGAGGGCGCACGGGACGGCGGCGUGGAGGGCUUUGUGGCGGGCGUGGGGCGCGGGCUGAUCGGGGCGGCGGCGCAGCCGGUGAGCGGCGUGCUGGACCUGGUGAGCCGCACCACCGACGGCGUCAACGCGGAGCGCGCUCGCCUCUCCGCCGCCAUGACCGCCAAGCUGGCUCUGCGGCGCCGCCGCCUGCCGCGUGCCAUCCGCGGCGACCACGUGGUGCGGCCGUACGACGAGUACGCGGCGCGCGGGCAGACCAUCCUGCAGCUGGCGGAGUGGGGCGCGCUGACGGGGGCGAGCGUGUUUGACAUCCGUGAGAAGGGCAAGUUCGCCCUGAGCGACGCCUACGAGGACCACUUCCACCUGCCGGCGCGCCGCAUCCUCAUGAUCACCCACCAGCGCACCAUGCUGCUCGAGCAACCGGGCGGUGGAGCACUUGCGGGGGGUCGCAAGCCGGACCUGACUCGGGAGGCGUGCAGCAUCGUGUGGGCUGUGGCGUGGGGCGACCUGCUGUCUCUGGAGGUCAUGCGCGGCCGCGAUGAGCCGCCCUCCGCCCCGCCGUCACGUGUGGUGCUGCAUCUGCGGGAGUGGUCAGCAGACGUGCGGCUGCUGGACGCCAAGGAGAUUGCCCGCGUGGUGCUGUGCCAGGUGGGCACGGAGCAGGCUCAGCAAGUGCGAGACGCCAUCCAGCGCGCCCUCGACCAGUUCGGCCCCGAUCGGGCCACCGUCGCCGCUCAGACGCGCAAGCGGCGGCAGGAGAGUCGACCGUACACGGGGGCGGGGGCGGGGGCGGCGUCUGGGGCGGCGUUGGGGCUGCUGGCGGGGCCAGCGGCGCCGGUGGUGGUGCCGGUGAUGGCGACGUUUGGAGCGCUGGUGGGCGGCGCGGGGCAGGUGAUGCUGGAGGCCGACAGCCAUGGCGACCUCGCCUCCCCCUCCGCGCGCCACCGCCCCUCCCUCGCUGCUCCUGCCUCCGGCCCCGCUCGGCCGCGUGCCAUGACGGGCAGAGGCAGCUCCGGGGACGUGGUAGGGGCGGACGUGAAUGGGCCGCCUGCCAUUGUGGUGAAGGCAUUCAAGCUGAUGUGGUGGGACAAGGGAGCGGUGUGGAGCCAGAAGUUCCCCGUCUCCAUCUGGCGCCCCAUCCUGCGCCCAGGGUAUGUGUCGGUGGGGGACGUGGCAACACCAGGGUACGACCAGCCGGUGAGGAGCACCGUCUAUCUCGACACCGGCGCCGGCAAGUUCGCUCCGCCUCUCGGCUUCGAUCUGGUGUGGCGGGACACGGACAGCGGGGCGUGCACGCCGGUGACGAUCUGGGCGCCGAGGGCGCCGGAGGGGUAUGUGGCGGUGGGGUGCGUGGCGGUGCCCGACUACUACGAGCCCGACCGCAGCGCCGUGGCGUGCGUGGCGGCGGGCGCAGUGGGUACGGCGGAGCUGGGGCGGCUGCCCAUAUGGCGCGACCGCAAGGGCGCAGCGCUGUGGAAGUGCAGCCUGUGGCAGGUGCACAACGCCGCGCGCACCUUCCUGGCACGGCGCGACCAUGAGAGCCCACCACCAGGCAUGGCCUUUGAUGUGAAGGUGGGGGACACACACACAGAUGCACGCAGUGCCACCUUCGUGCACACAGGGUAG